AUGCCUUGUAAAGAUUGCUGUGAAAAACGUGGCAGCUCAGGAUGGGAAAACAAUUGUCAUAUUUUUACUGAUGAAGACUCAACAAUGAUAGACAAUCCAAUAGGUAAAAUAGGCAGGUCUCUACUGCAAAUGAAUGUUGAUUGCAUUCAAUGGUAUUUUGGAAAUAAUCCUGUUGGAAAUCCGCAAAUUCCGGUUAAUUUAUGUUUUCUUUUCUAUAAUAAUGAACUUACACCCGAUAUCUGUACGAUGCCACCACAACCAAUAGCAGAUAAAACUGAAGUACUUUUUGAUAGUGGGAUAAUUCGUUGUGAAAAUGAAGGUUGUUUUAAUCAUUAA